AUGAUGCUAGUAAAGGCCAAAGAUAUUCACAACAAAAAAGCUGCAGUGACCCAAGCAGGGAAUCAACAAAGCAAAAGACUUGCCCAAGCCCAAGCUGCCUUAAACAACAAAGAGAAUGCACCACCAGCUCUGCUUUCAACCUCACCCGUUGACCACUCUAUCUACAUCAUCAUCCAGUCUGUCAAAAUACCAGUGUAUGGAUUUAAAUACAUAGUAUAUAGGCUUCUUGGGCGCCUGAAGAUAACCAUUCUGAGCUACAAAUUUAUCCAUUUGGCUCUCACUAGUGUUGCUGUUGUUGGCAGUGUCAUCCAAUUAAUUCUGCUUCAACAAAGCAAUGAGGCAAUCUAUAUACUGGCAAUAGUGUGGGUUGCUAGCUCCAGCAAAUGUGAAGAUCCAAACUUUGAGGAUCCCUAA